AUGGCCUUCACCACAAACAUCCGAGAGCAUUUGGGGUGGUUGGAGAAGACCAAGGAGAACAUUCCGCCUAAGAAUGUCUUGGAAAGACUGCAGAAUGUGGCAAAGGAGAGUGGUUCAACCAUACGAUUAACAGCACCUUUAGCUGCCUCUCCUUCUCUUAACAAAAAUUCAGCUCCGUUACAACCACAAACACAGACACAGAGUAAUGGAGCCACUGGCCCAGUAGAAAAUUCUCUUUCUGCUUUACACACUGUGGACUCGACUCGUCGGGUAUCUACUUUGAAAAGCUACAAGCCACAGAUGGCCCCCAUAACUAGAAACUCUGCUCAGCAAUUACCACAGGCCAUAGAUCUUACAGAUGAUGUAUCGGAUGAGGAGCACCUAGUGCCUUCUAAGGAAAAUCUUACACAGAAAAGAACCAAAAGAGCCGAACAGUCAAAAUCGGACGCCCCAGCUAAGCGAGCGAAGGUUACUAAAUCUCCAUUCGUAGAGCCAACCACAACCAAAUCUAACCCGUCAUUGAACAAAUUGAAAAAACAGGAAUUAGUGGACAUAUUAGCUAAUCAAGAGACACUUAUGGAAAUGUUCCAAAGCAAAAUACAGAUACUUGAGGAAAGAGAUGCGAUAACGAAUAGCAGAAAACUCUCGGAAGAAGACAAAUGCUCUAAAAGAGCAGAGUUGCAACUUGAGAUCGAUAGAUUGGACUUACAGAUAACGAACCUAAUGACAACAAUUUCCAACUUGAAGGGCAAAAAACACAACACGACGGAGAAAACUACAGAACAGGAAGGAAACAAUGACAGUAAUGCACCAGAAAUAGAUAACCACCCCGUUAAUCCUGAAAGUCCAUUGUCUCCCACUCAACCACAACCUCACAAUCCUUUUAGAGAACCAUAUCCAGACUCCUUACUGGAUGACUUUAGCGAUGCAGACAUUGAUCUCACGUUUGGUGAUUCAAUUGCAGAUGUCACCAACGAGCUUGAACACAACGACGACUCUUCAAGAAUACAGACACAGGAACACGAAAUACUGCCCAUGGACGAGGAGGAACAAAUGCUUCUCCAGAAUUUUGUAGUGCAUGAAGAUGGACGAUCUAACAAAGGGAGUGUGUUCGAAGACGAAAUGAGUGAAGAUGCAGACUAUGUGGAGUAUACAAAAUCCGUUGAUGGGGAUUUCACUGAGCAUCAAAUACCACGCGUUUCUAAGGAAGAGCUGGAAAACCUCAAAGACUCGGUAGACGAGGAGGUGGAUAUAAUUGACGAUAGUGCUCCUCAAAAUGAUUAUGACGUUCUCAAAGGAGUAGAGUUUUCCGAUGAUGAGGAGAUCGAAAGUGAUAGCAGCAUUGAAGUGAUAGAUGUUGUCCAGUAUAAUGAAGAAAGGGAAAUCAACACUCAAAAUAUCAAAAAGGAACUUCAAACUGAAGAACUUUUUGAUUUAAAUAGCGAUGACGAACAUGAGCUAGUAAAUCUGUCAGGUGGGAAGACUGAUUCUACUGUCGGACUCUCGUCUCAUAAUGAGGAGUUACCUCAAUUUGAAGAUAGUCACAGGAGAUUUAGUACAGAAACUCAUAAGUAUCCUUGGACAGAUGAAGUCUUUUACAUUCUUAGGGAGACUUUCAAAUUAGAAUCUUUCAGAUCUAACCAGUUGGAAGCUGUCAACGCCACAUUGUCAGGAGAAGAUGUGUUUGUUUUGAUGCCAACAGGAGGAGGAAAAUCUUUAUGCUAUCAACUGCCGGCUUUAGUCCAAUCAGGAAGCACUCGAGGAACAACUGUUGUUGUUUCUCCAUUGAUAUCUUUGAUGCAAGAUCAAGUAGAACAUUUGAUAGCUAACAAGAUCAAGGCAGGAAUGAUCAAUUCCAAAGGUACUGUGCAAGAGCGUCGACAGAUGUUUGACCUGCUGAACAGCGGAGAUCUGGAUUUGAUCUACUUGUCUCCGGAAAUGAUCAGUGCCAGCAAUCAAGCUAGAAGCUCUUUGAAGCGGCUUCAUAGAAUUGGCAAGUUAGCAAGAAUUGUUGUAGAUGAAGCCCACUGUGUUUCGUCUUGGGGCCACGACUUCCGCCCAGAUUACAAAACAUUGAACUACUUCAAGAAAGAGUAUCCGGAUAUACCUGUUAUGGCGCUGACAGCCACCGCUAACGAGCACGUUGUUAUGGACAUUGUUCACAAUCUAGGUCUGAAUAAGCCACAAUGUUUCAAACAAAGUUUCAACCGGACAAAUCUUUUUUACAAAGUUCAGGUGAAAACGAAAACUCAUCUAGAUGAGAUUACUAAUAUGAUCAAUGGGCAAUAUCGUAAUCAAACUGGUAUCAUUUACUGUCACUCUAAGAACUCAUGUGAACAAACUAGUGCCCGUCUGAUUCAGAAUGGUAUCAAAUGUUCUUUCUAUCAUGCUGGAAUGACGACUGAAGAUCGCUUUGCAGUACAAUCUGCUUGGCAAUCCGACAAAAUUAGAGUGAUUUGUGCAACUAUCGCUUUUGGAAUGGGUAUUGACAAGCCAGAUGUCCGAUUCGUUAUUCAUUUAACCGUUCCUAGAACGCUUGAGGGAUAUUAUCAGGAAACAGGGCGAGCUGGAAGAGACGGAAAUCAUUCUGAUUGCAUCAUGUUUUACAGUUACAGAGAUGUGAGGACUUUACAGACGAUGAUUCAAAAAGACGUUGAUUUGACCAGGGAAAAUAAAGAAAAUCACCUAAAUAAAUUGCGUAAGGUGAUUCAAUACUGCGAGAAUGGCACAGAUUGCAGAAGGCAGCAAGUACUGCAAUACUUUAACGAGAACUUUGAUAAGAAGGAUUGUCAAAAGCAAUGUGACAAUUGCGUUAAAGGGAACGAUUCGACUACCGAAGAAAGAGAUGUAACCAACUUUGCUCGUGACAUGGUUAACCUUGUGAAGAGUUUACAAGAUGAAAAAAUCACGCUGCUGUAUUGUCAAGAUCUAUUUAGAGGGUCGAAAAGCAACAAGGUGAUGUCUUCGGGCCAUGAUAGUAAUCCCUACUAUGGUAAAGGUAGAAACAUAAACAAAGGAGACGUUGAAAGAAUUUUCUUUCAUCUUAUAUAUGAGCAGAUUCUCAUGGAGUACUCAGUGAUGAAUGGUGCAGGGUUUGCCUGCAAUUAUAUUAAACUUGGGAAACAUGCCAAUUCGGUAUUGUGUGGAACCAGAAAGAUUGUAGUGGCAUUUUCAACAGCCAUUGAUCGUACCAAGGCUCCCAACAAGCCCACGUCAAAGCCGGCAUCCAAGGCUAAGCUGACAAGAGUUCAACCUGCUGUUUCCAACGAACUGGCCAACUUUAGGUAUAAUGGAAGCGAAAGUUCUUUUCUUUCCGCUUCUUCUAUCUUGAAGAAUCAACAAUCCACUUCGCCUAUUGUCUUGCCAAAGAGGGCAUUCUCCAUUAGAGAAGAAGAAGCCCAUGUUGAAUACUGUUACAGAGAGUUGAAUGACAUCCGCAGUCGUCGUCUACAUGAGAUUGGAUGGAAAUCCUCUGCGACAUUAGUCAGUGACGAAAGCCUAAGGGAUAUGGCAUUCAAACUGCCCCAAAAUGAGCAGGAAUUUCAAUCAUUGGCAGGUAUGAACCCUCAUCAAUUACAAUAUUUCAAGCUAUUCAGAACCAAAUUGAAGGCAUUAAUGAAUAUACGGCAAGCCGGAUAUAAGGACUAUCAAUUAGAAAUCCUCACAGGCAAUGCUGAACAAGAUCAAAACCAGCAUAAUUCACCAUAUUUUGCCCCCAGGGCUCCUACUGAAAGAGAUAAGCAGAUCCUAACUCAACUAAGCAGUGUAUUCGAUGCAUCUCAAGCUUCCAGCACUAAACCCAUGCCAGCUUCCACAUCCCAACAACGCACCAGUGGGAAUCAUCACAAUGGCAGGAAAAAACCCUUCAGGCGACGCAAAAAGAGCUCUUCCAUCAAGGUUAUGAAGUGA